AUAUAAACCAAACCCAUCUGGUAAGGCAAAGCAAUUCUCUCUUUGGUGGGUCCCUUUUUCGACCACAUGCAUCCUUCCCUUCGCCACUAUUAGAAGAACGGAUAAGCACUCAUUCAAACCUUCUCAAGCAUCUUGCUUGCUUAUGGUGGAUCAAUCUUUCACUCCAAGAGCAACAAGCCACACUCCAUGCCCAUGUCCAGAGAGAACUUCCCCAGAAAGCUCCAUGAAAGCCACCUUCGUUGAUUCAAUUAUCAUUCAACAUUACUACUAGUACCCUUCUCCUCUCCUCCUUUGAUCAUCUGAAUUCAUUGAUCCCAUAAUAUUUCAUUUUUGGUUUGGAAAGAUGGAUCUUGAUGAGUGGGAGUACCUACCAGAUGAUGCGUUUCUUGAUUUCCAUGAAGACAGUGAAGAGAAGAGGAUUUUCUCGAGCAAACGCUAUUCUUCUUCUGAUAAUUCAAAAAGUGUUUUCAACAUGAACUACUUCAUAAUCCCAUCACCCAGUUCUAGGUCAAAAGUCAUUCACGAGACACCACCACGACGACUACCGCCAACAACACCGCCACCGGUGUCGCCAGCUUGGAUUAAUUCAAGUCUUGUUCCCGUUCCAAUUCAGCUGGAACUACCUCCAAGCCUUGACAAGGCCCCAUCACUCUCACAAGAAGAACAAGAAGAAGAAAAACAAGUCAUCAAAGUCUCCCAAGUGGAUCAAGACGCACAACUCUCCCAAGUUUACUUCAAGAAAACUUGGGAAAAUGAAUUUGCCGACAUGAAAAUAUUGGACUCCCCAAAGUCUCCCACCUGCAGAUCACCUAUGCAUCAACAAACUGAUAAGUUUCAGUUUGAUGACAAUUUAGGUCAAGAAAUCACCUCUCUAAGGAAGGAAGUUGUUGACAAAAACAGCUUGUUGGAGUCAUCAGAAGAGAUAAAUAGCAACAACAACAACAACAACAUCUGGAAGCUGAGUUUUACAGGAAUCGGAGCAAUUUGCUCUUUUGGUUUUGCUGCUGCUACCGUUUGUAUUAUCUUUUUCGGUGCCCAUCAGAGGAACAAACAGUAUCAGCACAACCAGAAUCGCUUCCAGAUCUACACUGACGACAACAAGAGGAUUAAGCAUGCUGUUCAAGAUGCAACCAAAUUGAAUGAAGCAUUUUCAGCAGUUAGAGUAUCCCUCCCUAGAGCUCAUGUCACAUAUGGUGGUUACUAUAAUGGUCUAUGAACAGCCGCCUCCCACUCGAUGAAAUGGAAGUUAAUUUACAGUACUGCCUGAGUUUGCUUUUGCACUGUACUCGUAGAAGAGAUAUAUUUUUCUUUCAAGCGUAUAAGGUCAAUAAAUGUGCAUUGCAUGGGAUGCUUGUACAGAUUCUGAAUCCUUUGUUUGUAUAGUAGAUUUCCUAUUUUGUAUUAGUUUGGCCAAUUGGCCACAUAUUAUUUGUAUCCGUCGAAGAUCUAUAAUAAUUCACUUUUCUCA